UCUAAUCAGGAGCUACUUAAGAUCAGGUGUUGAUCGCCACUUUUAUUUCAUUUGUGUUUGCUCUGUCAGUUAACCAUUCAGGUCCUUGACAAGGCUGACUGAACAUGGCAGCGGCGGUUAACAGGCCUCCUCUGGCUCCUGAAGGGCCAAGUGGAGCAAACCCACACGUUCGAGUUAACGCUGACGUGGCAAACUCUACACAGCAGGAUCCAGGACUACACAGCACCAGCCAAGAUCCUGGACCUUCAUCUCAUCCUCAACACCCUGUCUUUGCCAGACCUCUGUUUUAUGUUCAUGCUCCACCUCUACCCCCGUUCCUCCAAUACCAGUGGCCCUUGCCUUAUAAUCCCUUUCCAGGCUUCCUAGGCAUGGGAUAUGGUAUGGUCAUGCCCCCACUUCCUCCUCCCCCUUACCUGGAGUCUCCAGCUUACAUUGUACCACACCCUCAGGUACAACCAGUCGACUAUAGACGCCUGCUUCAUCCCCAAGCCCACAGUCAUGCUCCUGGUGGAUCGUUUCAAAAUUUAAACCAGACUCGCAGAAUUCGCCUGCCUCAUACUACCCCUGUUAGAGAAACGGUGAAUUCUGAGGUCCAAACAGAACCCAUACACAGAGGUGGCUAUGAUGAGGGAUGCCCAAUUCUCAGCUCAGACUCUGGACGUGCAACUGCCUCCAAUUCUCCUUCAUCCUUAAGCUCUAGUUCCCAAAAACAAGGCUCAGCUGAGGUUGAGACCUAUAUGUUGGCCAGUACUGAGGCAAAAGAACAGGUCAAAGGGGCUGGCACAAACAGAGUCAAACAUGGCUGUCACAUGGCGCAUCCUACAGGGAUUACUGUCCAGUCAUCUAGAAGGGAAACUCAAGAAAUACAGGGAUGUAAGGAUGGUGCUAUUCAGGAGCCCUCUCUUAUCCCUCCUUGCGGAAAUGCACAUUGCAACAUGUGGUCAGUGAGUUCUCAGGAUAGCAUGGGGCCAGUAUGUAGCUCUUCUCAAACAGAGGAUGAAGUCAAAGAGAGGCGCAUCUCUGUUCCUGACAUUCUAAGCUGGGGAGGUGGUACAUCACAGAAAGCGAUGACAACAGCAGCUGAGGCACUCCUCCAAAAUAAUCAUGAGAUUCAAUGUUAUGAAAAUGAAGUGGAGAGUGAAAAGUCUGUUUAUCAGAGUCCAAGUAAGCCAAAGAAUUAUCCAGUGGUGGUUAGCAGUGCUGAUGAUGUAGAUUUUGAAGUUAUUUCAAGUUCUAAGGACAGUGAAAUGGUCUUUAAGAUCCUCAGACUUCCCUCUCUUUUAGAACCCUUUUCGCUGUCAACAAGAGAUGCAGAUUCUGUGGAAAUGCUUGUUAAACCUUGUCUAUCUAACGGAGAUGAAAUUCUGCAGGCACUAAAUGCACUCCGCAAUGGGACAGAAAAUGGCAGUGAGACACAUGAAGAGCCUACAGAGAUCACUCCAAAGCACACAUCUUUAAGUAGAUGUCAGAUGAAUAAAAAUAUUAAUGAGUCAGUCUGGUCUGUGGAGUCUCUAGCUCCUUUCAUUCCUACUAAGGAGUGGCUACAGCAGAAUAGCGUAUUUGAACCUGAAGUCAUUGUAGAGAUGGAGAGGGCUGAAAAUAGUAAAUGGUCAACCAAAAAAGAUGACCCAAUUGGUAAAUUUUCUAAAGAAAGAAGGCAAUCUUCAAGAUUUUCUUCUCCUGACUCUGUUCUGGUGUCAGAAAGUGUUCUUACUUUUAGUACCCCAGCUAAGAAGCAAAGUCCUCCAAAGAACCCAGACAUGGUGUGUGAAACUGAAGUCUCUGAAACAAAAGGAACUGAAGAAAGCCACAGCACAGUUCCUUCAGAAAAGUAUCCUUUACUUUCACUUACUACCCUGCAGGGUAUAAUUUUAACUGCCUCCACUGAUGAAGAUAUGAAUGACCAUGGGUCUUCGGAGCCUGAGGCUAACCGAAGCCCAAACCAGGGAACUCUUAUAUAUGAGCAAGAGGAGAAAAGCUCAGUUGAGAGAAAGGAAACCUGCCUCAUUAACUCUGCAGCAGAGGACAAAGUCUCAUCCACUUCCCAAAUGACUCUCCAAAAUGACACACAAAUGGAGGUGGCGACUGCAGCACAAAAAGUAGAUGGUCAAAUGAGAAAUGUGGAACUGGGUGUGCCAACAACUGACCAGAAGAUGGCUCAAGUGACACCAUCAAAGGGGAAUUUAGUAGACUGUGCAAUCCAGUGUACUGAACUACAGGGUCUAAAGUGUUUAUGUAAGGAGUUGAAGGGAGGCGUGGGAUCAAACAGAAAACCUCAAAAAUAUCCAGACUUGAAAAAGGCAAAUGAUGGAAAAGCUGAAGCAUUCUGCAUGCAGAAAAAUUCAAAGAGGAAUGGUCAGUGGCGAAACAGAGGUCCAGAAAAGCAUAAUGGCCAGCAGGAAGACUGCAAUGGAUCCGGAAGCAGACCUGGGAAGUUGAAAGGUGGGAGUGGAAGGAACCCAAGGUACUGACAGUGACCACACUUCAACACAAGUCAACACUUGGUUUUUUUUAAUUUAAAUUGAGUUAUUAAAAAGUUUCUUACUUUUCAAUAAAAGCAUUGUAUUAAACAUAA